AUGUACAAGUUGUGCGCUCAGCACUCGGCCUCAUGCACACCGCUAUUGUUGUCAUUAAACCUGGCCACCAAGGGUCCCGAAAACAUAUCCACUGAGACCGGACAGCUGUCCGGCGGUUCCGCUGCUAGACCUUGUUUCGCCUCUGAACCUGUCAGAACGAUGCCAGAACCCGAGUAUACUGUAAUGUCCGAGAGGUUCUCUUGCAUCAGUUCCACUGGCCAAGGCCGCAGGAUGUAA